AUGGAUCGCAGCCGCAGCCCGAGCCCCAGCCGCAGCCGCAGCGGCAGCCGCAGCCGCAGCGGCAGCCGCAGCCGCUCCCGCUCCCCGCAGAAGGAGCCAGAACAGAAGCUGUCCCGGUCCACUUCUCCCGAGAAAGAGCAAAAGAGUGGAGAAAAGUCCCCGACUGGGGAGGGAGAGCCGAGAAGGAGCCGCUCUGGAUCUCCGCCCCAAAGACGCUCCAGAUCCCCAAGACGUGAUAGAUCCACUUCUCGUUCUCCUUCUCGACCGAAAGAAAAGAAAGAUGAAGAUAAGAAAGAAACAAAGAGCAAAGAAGAGGAAGAUUUAGAAGGCAAAACAGAAGAAGAAAUAGAAAUGAUGAAGGUAAUGGGAUUUUCCGCCUUUGAUUCAACAAAAGCAGGACUUGAAUUGCAAAGGUGGAUUCAACAGACCUUUGGAUUUCAUUGCGUGAGAAUUGAAAUGUUGAAGAAUGGUUGUUUUUUCCUUCAUCUUGAUCAGAAGAGUGGGUUUUGUUUUUUUGUAUUUCAUUGCAUCAAAACAGGAUCACAGUCCUUCUUUGUAAAGUAA